GCGUGGCAACGACAGUUCCCGUUGGCCAACUAUGUUCAAGAGUGUCAACGUGCCCAUGUGUAUCGUUUGGUAUGUGCACGUGGUGUGUAGGGUGCGUAAUGGAGGCGACCUUUUCGACACCACGAAUCAUGGAUUCGAUCUUCUCGACACCACGAAUCAUGGAGUCGAUCUUCUCGACACCACAGACCAUGAGACCCAAGACGCAUAUUCGCUUGGCAAAACCGUUUCCUCCUUACGCGAGAUCCGUGCGGUAUUUUGACGGUGUAACUACGAUCCACGGAGCGACCGCAGAGGACUUCGACGAGGACCCCUGGAUGACCGUCGUCCCGUGCAUGGACGGACAUAUUGACGGUUGGUACGAUGGGAAUUGGGCCACGAUGGAGAGUCGUUGCCCUUGGGCAAGCCAGUACAAGUUCGCCAACAUGUUGGAGUUCGAGAACCUCAUCCCGCAGCCUGACGCUGUCCCCAGACACAAGUUCCUUAACCAUAUGCGCAGAGCACUGGGCUGCAUUAGCUGCCAUUUCAGCCGCCUCGAGUGCCACUACGUCAGGUCGUCGGCACGUACUUGGGGAGGCUCGCGGAAACAAAAGUUGGUGGAUUGCGCUCGUCACUGCUCGUUCCUGGAGCAGUACCCACUCCGCGUGAUGUCAUCGAGACCUUCGACAAGCGUUAGCAUGAGUCCCGAGACGCACAUGCGCUUAAGUCCCGAGAAGCACAUGCGCUUAGCAAGACCGUUUUCACCUUGUGCGAGAUCGGAGCGGCAUCAUGACGGUCAAACGUGGAUCGACGAAGCAGUCAAGGAGGACUUCGAUGAGGACCCAUGGAUGACCGUCGUCCCGUACAUGAACCGGCAUCUUGACGAAUGGAACGAUAAUGAUUGGAAGGCGAUGGAGCGUGCCUGCCCUUGGGCAAGCAAUUACAAGUUUGCCAACAUGUUAGAGUUCGGGAGCCUCAUUGCACUGCCUGACGGUGUCCUCCAGCGAAAGACUCUAGACAAUAAGGGUAAACCGAUCCGCUACCGUACCAGCUUCAGAAGUCGCCUCGGCUGUGAGUACAUCACAUCUUCGCCACGAACUUGGGGAAGUUCGCAGAAGCAAGAGUUGGUGGACUGGGCUCGUCAUUGUUCAUUCUUGGAACACUACCUACCCCGUUGCCCCGGGACUUCUCCACAAGCUAUAUCAUAUUGUUGUGUGCGGUUGACUGAUGACGGGUCUCCUUUCGCGAGAGUGCUAUGUGUGGCUUCUUCAAACAAAAGUAGAAAACUCGUGGAUGUAGUUGUGCUCGUGGCAUGGAACGAGAUGGUACUUCAGGGAUCCAAGUUCAAGCCCGUGAUGUCUCGCCCCGAUGUAGAUGGACGGUCAGAUUUCGUGAGAGAAGGUCGGGUCAGAUGUUUAUCAUUGUGGCAUGAGGUGGAAGAGAAAGUGUCCGACAUACGAGACUGUACAAGGAAUUCCUUAGCACGAUCAGGAGGGUUUGUCAGGAUGAAAUACAUGUCCGUGUUUUUGGAGAAUGCAACUGUCCACGAACCGCAGAGCCAUGUAUAUGGAUCAUCUAUGAAUGCCAUGUAUGGUUUCGGUUCACGACCUCAUCCGCGAGAAACCCCGUAUGUCACAAGAUACGGACGUGUGGUCUGACCUUGUGUUUAAGGGAAAACAUGUUAAAAUACAAUCUUGUGGAACAUGAUGUGCAUGUGCAUGUGCAUGUGCACCUUGAAAUG